AUGCAAUUUUUUGGAGGAUCAGAAAUCAGCCCAUCUCCACCAGUACCCACAGCAUCAGGAAAUAAUGCGUACAUGCUCUACGUUUUCAACAGAAAUGGAGUAUGUUUGCUUUACAGAGAAUGGAAUCGACCCCUCAAGACUCUCAAUUCCCAUCAGGACCAUAAGCUCAUGUUUGGACUCCUAUUCUCUCUCAAAUCCUUAACCGCUAAAAUGGAUCCUACUUGUGUUGACAAAGGGAAUCUUGGGGUGCCACAGUUACCUGGGCAAGGUUGUUCAUUUCACAGCUUCCGAACAAAUACCUAUAAACUGACUUUUAUGGAGAGCCCAUCCGGGAUAAAGAUCAUCCUUGUCACCCACCCGAGGACUGGAGAUCUUAGGGAAUCCCUGAAGUACAUUUAUAACUUGUAUGUUGAAUAUGUUGUCAAGAAUCCACUGUAUUCCCCAGGAACUCCAAUUAGAUGUCAGCUGUUUGAUACAACAGUUGAUCAGUAUGUCAGAGGACUUGGUUGA